GAAUUCCAGACAACUGGUAUCCUAGUAAAAAACCUGUAAAUCUCAUUGAUGGUGCUGAGUAUAUUCUUCGUCUUUAUUUAUCUCGUCCGGUCGAGUUUGGCGCCAAUGUAGAUGGCACGUUUGUUCCCGAUCCAUUUCAAUUAGGAACAUCACCUACCACCAAAGAUAUUUUAUGUCUCAUUUAUAAUGCUAUAUGUGGUGCUGCGUCAGCGACAACCUUAUCUAUGAUAGCUGCCGAUCUCAAUUCAAUCUUUGUUAGUGGAUCAAUUGGUUGCACACGUUACACACCCAAAGCUUAA